AGGAGCGAAGGGAGACGGAAGUGAAAACUAGAGCGGGGAGCCGGAGCCGCCGCCGCCGCUCAGACAAGUUGGGGCUGUCCUCGCCGCUCCGCGCCCUGCACCGCGCCGCUCCGCCGGGGCAUUUGGAUUUGAUCCUCGAACGCUAGACGCAAUGAGCAACUACAGCGUGUCUUUGGUCGGGCCAGCUCCUUGGGGUUUCCGACUUCAAGGAGGCAAGGAUUUCAACAUGCCUCUGUCUAUCUCCCGGCUUAACGACGGUGGCAAAGCAGCCCAAGCAAAGGUGGGAAUAGGCGAUGUGGUUCUCACCAUCGAUGGGAUAAGCACGGAGGGGAUGACUCAUCUAGAAGCACAAAACAAGAUCAAGGCGUGUACAGGCAACCUGAACAUGACUCUGCAAAGAGUGACUUCUAUAACAAAACCUGAUCUUAUUCAUGUGCCAAAGGGCGAACCUACCGAAGUAGUUAAGCCUGUGCCCAUUGCCUCUGCUGUCGCACCCAAAGUCACUGCCGUGGCAAGCGUGGCUUACAAUACGACGCCACGGCCGUUUGGAGCUGUAACCUCCUCCAAAGUCACCUCCAUCCCAUCACCAUCCUCCGCCUUCACCCCAGCUCAGGCGGCGCCGUUUGCCGCGCCCGGACUGCAUGUUAACGCCAAGCCUAACGCUGAGCAGCCUGCGGCCGCCCCGAGCGCUGCUAAACCUGCAGUUAAUGUCCUACGGCAGCCUGCGGCCGCGCACGCCGCGGCCCCCAGCGCCACCGCCGCGGCCCCCAGCGCCACCGCUGCCCAGGGCGCCCAGGAGCUAGCCGAGGGGCCACGACGAGGAGGCAGAGAAAACCAGGGGGAGAGUAAACAGCAAAAUGGGAAAAACCCACCCAAACGCCCCCCCCGAAAGCACAUCGUGGACACCUACACGGAGUUCUACCACACGCCCACGCACAGCGACGCCAGCAAGAAGCGGCUGAUUGAGGACACGGAGGACUGGCACCCCCGCACCGGCACCACCCAGUCCCGCUCCUUCCGCAUCCUGGCCCAGAUCACCGGCACCGACCACGUGGAAGAACCCGAACAUGAAGCUGCAAAGAAGACAAAUGUACCUGCAGGUCUGCCUAAUGGAGCAGGAUCCCAGGAAGUCUGUAUUGAUCUGAAUAAAAGCUCCAUAACUGCCAAGACUUUGGAGAUGCCACCUGUUCCAGAAUUCCCACCUACACCUUUACCACUUACAAGGAAAGUCUCUGCAGAGUUCCCUGCUCCAGAUGCAGAAAGCUUUCUGACAGCUGAUAAAGCUCUUCCUGAGAAGUGCUCUGUGGCCACACAGACCUCUGAGUUCCCCUUGCCUGCUGCAGCUUCCACAGCCCUGCCUCUGGAAACAGCCCUCAGGCUGCCACCUGCUUCUGCCAGGCAUGAAGCAUCUCUGCCUCCUUGUGAAUCAGAUACUUCCCUAAUCUGUCAGUCUAAAUCAUCUGUAAGCCAGACAAGCUUCUGUGCUAGUAAAGUACUGCUGGAAAAUCCUUUGGGAAGCGUGCCUGGUGUCACACCUGCUGCUCCUCCUCCUGUUCUCUCUCCUUUCAAGCAGAGAUCAAAAAUGAAGAGUGUGGCUGCUGCUGCCGUGUCUGCUGCCAUCGCUGUCCGUGCCAGACUCUCCGAACCUGGCGUCUGCCGCUCGCUCUUGGAUGCUCUGCUCAUCACACCUGUCUCUAAGCCUCCUCUGCUGGCCCUUGGGCCCUCUAGGAAGUCCACAAGCUCUCUCGAGUUAGGAAAGAGAAAGAGUGAUUCCCUGGAGGCUCCCCAGCCUGCUGCUUUUACAGCCAGCUCAGCAAGAAGCAUGCCUGCCCCACAAGAAAACGUAGAGGCAAGACCUGCUCCUGCCAGCACCGCGUCUGCCGCGGCCCUCAAGCCUGCAGGACCCCCGGGUGCUGCCAAGUACUCAGGCUGGCAGCCUGCAAACCAAGCAGCUCCUGCCAGCGGGUGGACACCGAGCAGUGCUACACCGCUUGGAACAGCUGCCUCCAGUGAGAAACUCCCACCAGCACCUCAGCCCAGUGAGCAGGACACUUUGGUUCAGAGGGCAGAGCACAUUCCUGCAGGGAAGAGAACUCCCAUGUGUGCACACUGCAAUCAAGUCAUCAGAGGACCCUUCUUGUUGGCUCUGGGCAAGUCCUGGCAUCCAGAGGAGUUUAACUGUGCUCACUGCAAAACCUCCAUGGCUUACAUUGGGUUUGUGGAAGAGAAAGGGGCCCUGUACUGCGAGGGCUGCUACGAGAAGUUCUUUGCCCCCGAGUGCUCCAGGUGCCAGAGGAAGAUCCUUGGGGAGGUCAUCAAUGCUUUGAAACAAACCUGGCACGUUUCCUGCUUCGUCUGUGCAGCCUGUCAUAACCCCAUCCGCAAUAACGUCUUCCACUUGGAAGAUGGAGAUCCCUACUGUGAGACAGAUUACUACGCUCUCUUCGGCACUAUGUGUCACGGCUGUGAGUUCCCCAUCGAAGCUGGAGACAGGUUUCUGGAAGCCCUGGGCCACACCUGGCACGACACUUGCUUCGUGUGCUCAGUCUGCAGUGACAGUUUGGAGGGUCAGACUUUCUUCUCCAAGAAGGACAAGCCCCUGUGCAAGAAACAUGCUCACUCCCUCAACAUCUGAUGCUCAGAGCCCAUCUCGCGCCGCCAGCGUACCAACUGGAAACGGAGGUUGAAACGUCUGUGCUCAAUUAUUGCUUGAAAUGAUUUAAUGUCAGGUUUUUCUAGAAGGGAAGAGCAAUUUAGAAGCUUGUGGAGGGGGUUGUGUGCUAAUUUUUCACAUGUUUAUAGCUUAGGGGGGGGUUGCUGCAUUAAAAAGAUAGGAACUGGGGACUGCACCCAAGGCAAACGUCGCAGAGCGCCUUUCCCUCUGCGCUUGGGGUUGUAUGGCCACAUUUAUACCUGCUUUUAGUCUGAGAAGUGAAACACCUAUGAGAACAAAUAUCUGAUGUCAGAACCCUUGGGUUUGCUGCUCUUCAGCAAAGAAAGGGAGAUUGGCUUCAGCCAUCCAACUCACUUAGAAGUCUAGAAGCUUGUGACUGUGUGUAGAAGGAAUUGCAAGCAGAGAGAACGUGACACUGAAUGCCUCGUUCAGCCAGCGAUGGUCGUAUCGGACACCUGUGUGCAUGACACCUCCUGCACAGUCACACAGGCCUGUGCCUUGGCACUUCAGUCUGUAGGGUCUGCAAAAGACAAAGAGUUUGAGGGAGAAGUUAAGCCCAGCAUUGGCUGCAGCGUGGAACAGACUGAUUUAGAAGAUGCCACUUUGUGUGGCCAGUAGACAAGGGAAGUUAUUUUUCCCCUAUGCUUAGCACACUCAGGCCACCCCUUGAGUGCUGUGUCCAGUUCUAGGCUCCUCCUCAGUUCAAGACAGAUGUUGAGAUGCUGGAAGGUGUCCAGAGAAGGGCAGCAAGGCUGGGGAGGGGCCUGGAGCAGAGCCCUGUGAGGAGAGGCUGAAGGAGCUGGGGGUGUGCAGCCUGCAGAAGAGGAGGCUCAGGGCAGAGCUCAUUGCUGUCUGCAGCUGCCUGCAGGGAGGCUGUAGCCAGGUGGGGUUGGGCUCUUGUGCCAGGCAAGCAGCAACAGAAGAAGGGGACACAGUGUGAAGCUGUGCCAGGGGAGGUCUGUGGUAGUUGUUGUUAGGAAGUUGUUGUCAGAGAGAGUGAUUGGCAUUGGAAUGGGCUGCCCAGGGAGGUGUUGGAGUCAUCAUCCCUGGAGGUGUUGAAGCCAAGCCUGGCUGGGGCACUUAGUGCCAUGGUCUGGUUGCUUGGCCAGGGCUGGGUGCUAGUUUGGGCUGGCUGAGCUUGGGGGUCUCUUCCAACCUGCUUGAUUCUAUGAUUGUGAGCUCCUGUUCUGCCAGAACACUAGCUGAAAAAACCUCCUGGUGAAGGUGUGGUGGAGGUCUGUGGCAUCAGGCCAGACCUCCAAAGAGAGCAGGGAGUUACACUCUUAGGUUUGUAGUUCAGGCUUGGGAUGGUUUCGAGUGCCUUUGGAAAGGGGCAGUUUGCACUGUACCUUCAAGUGAGGGCAUCUUAUAUUCUGAAUGUGAGGCCCUGCUGCUGAGUGAGAACUGCUGGAGUGCAGCUGAGGACAUUGCUUUCCUGUCAGUACAUUCCUUACCUUGUAGCUCAUGAAUAUGUAUGUUGGGGGUGUGCCAGACAGUGUACCCAAAAUUGGCUUUCUUGCACAGCCAUUAGGAUUUUAUUGGUCUAGGGUUGAUUUCUCUCUUUUCCUCCAGAUGUAGGGAAAAUUGAUUGUUGAUUGACAUAAUACUGAGUUAGGCAGCUUCAUAUCUCUCACUUCUUGGCAGGGAGCAGAGAGACAAUGCUGCCACGAUGCAUUUCCAGCCAGCCAGGAGGCGCAGCCAGUUCUGUAGCUUGGUAGGAAUGUCUUUGUUCAUGAUCUGGAGCAGGGGAUUGAGUCCAGCAUCAGUGAGUUUGCAAGUGACACCAAGCUAGGAGCAGGUGUGGAGCUGCUGAAGGGUAGGAGAGCCCUGCAGAGGGACCUGGCCAGGCUGGAUGGGUGGGCAGAGGCCAGUGGGAUGAGAUUGAACAAGGCCAAGGGCAGGGUUCUACGCUUUGGCCACAACAACCCCAAGCAGCACUACAGGCUGGGGCCAGAGUGGCUGAGAGCAGGCAGGCAGA